CACUGCUGAUGAUGACUGGCUGCAGGACAAGAGAACACACAGACACACUCGCGUUUCUUCUACAAGUCCUGUACUGUACCAGUGUACCUCGUGCGAUUCCUUCCCAAGCCAAGGACGAAUCGAAAAAGAGAUCUGAGAAUGAGUGCAGAUUGACCCAACGAACUCUGGUUCUUAUCCUUUACCUCUCCCAAUUUUUUUUUCCUUUACGCUCACACAACCUCGACCACCACAAACCUUUUUACCUAAUACUUCGAAUCGAGUCAUUCCAACGCCCUUUUCCGGCCUUUAUCUCUUGUCUCCAGCUGCCAGGCUCCACCGGGACCCAGACUGCUUAUCAGUCGAACCAGCAAAUCCCUUUGGAUGGCGCCCCCGCGCUAGGCGCUGGUCCCGACCGAAGUGUUGCCCUGUGCUCAACUGCUCGGAUGGAUGAUCGCUGGUUCUAGCGGGUUAGGUUUGCUCUCUUUUUCCUUUGGGUGAUGCUCAUCAAUCAGCGCGCGCGCGCGCACGGAUCGAUAAGCGGACGCCUCUGG